AUGGAUAAAGAAAAAAAGGUUGAAGAUGAUUUUACUAAUUUAAAAGAUUAAAUCCAUAUACUAUUAUAUUAGUUAAGAUCCACAGUAUAAUAAAAAGCCAAAUAUGCAAAUGUUUAAAGAAAUGUUGACUCUAUUAAAAUAGAUAUUGAAAUAACAUAGAAAGUUUAUUAGAUAAGUUGAAUGAGUCACUGUCAAAAUAAUAUAAGGAUAAAAAGGUAUUACAUAUUCAUAUGUUAAGAAAUACUCUGAAAAAACUAUACGAACCAAUAAAACGAUCUAUUUUAUUUAUAGAUAAUAAGUUUAUGAUUUAUAAUAGUAGUUAGAUCUUAAUGCUAUUAUUUAUUAAUAAUAAUAAACCAAUAAUAGUGUGGAACAAGUGAGAAUUUUAAAGAAUAAUUUAAUGGAUCAAGAUGAUAGAAAAACUUCCGUCAUUACUAUACAUGACUUAAGAGGAUGUAAUAUAAAAAGGUACUUAAUAAUUGAGGGACAAUACUUAAUAGAUUGGACAAGUAUUUUUUGAAUUGAUUUAUAUAGAAAAUUGA